CCCCAUCAUCUGGUACAUACGCACGAAAGGAAGUUGAGGGCCCGGGAAGGCCAGUUAGUCUCUUUCUUCCUGUACUGAGUUGCCCAGCAGGGCGAGCGUUGACUCCACGUGCGCGCUUAACGCUCCGCUGCGUCUCUUCUCUUGCGGAGGUGUUGGGCGCUACGCCGAUUGCGUAAAGUUGUCGCGCGCAGGAGUCUGCAGCCGGGAAAGCCUGGUGCGGGUGGCGAGAGGCUUCUCCUUUACGCAAAUAGCGUAUCGCCUCAGGCAGUUCUAACGGUGGCUGAAGGACCCCAUUCUAACACACAAGCACGCACGCACACAGUCCUUUCCUCGGUCGAUUAUGAUGGUGUCAGUAUAAGGCUGAGGCGGGGAGGCUCAGAAAUAUCUAUCCUCACACACCCACACCCUUUGAGGGCAAAAGCCUUACCCUGAGGUGGCUUCUGUGUCCUUCAUGAGGCUGGUAGGCCCAGCUCAGGGCCCUUGUGUGUGGCCCACCAUCCAAUGACACAUGUGUUUUUUGAGGCUACCACUUGACAUGAGCAGACCAGCCUAGAUGCAUACAAGAUUGGGCCUGGGCCACUGCUGAUGGGUAACUGGGUGCCACCAGUGUCCUAUAAUAUAUAGUGGCCAGCAGUUCCAUAUUCCCCCAGGACGGCGGUGGCAAGGCCUGCAGCUGUACUCUGGAAACUGUGGCUUCUGUGUGCCACAAGGUGAAGGAGAAAUACAAGAAGUGAAGUGGGCUGCUGCAAUUGUGCUUGCACAGUAAGAACUGGCUUUCCCCAGAGCACAGGUCUAUCAGGCCAGCUCUGAAAGACUGCACUGCCAUUUUGGAAACAGCCCUAACUUGCAAAAUAGGGUUACAGCAUGACUGUGGGCUCACCAAGGCAGUAGGAUCAUACACUCUUUCUGGGUUGCUCCCAGUAAGUAAUAGCAAGCAUACAAAGAAGAUACACGACUUCUAAGUGGCACAUGGCUGGAUUUACAACUGAAGGGCUAUCUUGAAGGGAUGCUAAACUGUUGUCCUCCAAACGUGAAUCAACUGUAAAUUAAUACUGCCUAUGAGCUCAACGGGAGCAAUGUGAAGAGGAUGUUGGGCUGGUAGGGGCUGUGACUUACGGCACUAUCAGGAUGUGUAGUACUAUGCAACCACCUGGUCUUCCGGUGAUGAGAUGACUCCUACAGUUCAUGGAGCCCAAAAAAGCAUAUGUGACGUGCAAAUUUUCCUCAUUUUGUCAAAAUAGUGGUGUCUGAUCAACCAAACUAUACAGUGGGAGCAUUUGGCUACUAAAUCAAACUAGAGUCAUUCUACAGUUAAGAACUUCUGUUUUCAGGCAAGGGUGAAAGAACAUUCUACCAGGCUAAGUUUCCCACAAUAAGUAAAAUUUGCAUUGAUUGUCAAACCAUUCACUUGUUCUGUCAUACCAAGCUAGCAGUCAAGGCUACUGUGAAUGUAGGCAGAUUCUUACUGCCCAUGUGCUUUGGAAAACUGUGAAAGUGACCCCAAAGUUGCUUUAGGGACCAGAACAGAUAUAAGAUUCAAUAAGAUUGAUACUGUGAUAUUGCCACAAUCUUAAAUCAAUAAGAUUGAUAUUGUGAUAUUGCCACAAAGGUGGCAGAAGGUCAUUUUCACAUCACUUGCUGGGAAUUUCAAAGUGAAAUUUGAAGAGUGUCUGUUAAGUUGCUGCUAGUUCUGUGAGGAAGAAUGUCAAGUCGUCGUAUUUCUUCAGCAUGUGAUAGACGGCAGCUUCUAUGGGGCAUGAAUACCAUGGGAUCACCCACCAAUGAACCACAGCCAAUGCGACUGCCAUUUCUGGAGGUUGAUUUGCGUCUUCAAUCGAUGUGUGUAGGCUCGACACAGCAGCCUGUUCGGCGGAGCGGCCCUCGGUCCAGGCAGCUGCUACCGCCCCCUCCUCUGCCACCGCCGCCGCCUCCCCCACCUGCUCCUCCUCCUCCUCCGUCUGCUUCUCUCCAGCUGCCUCUACAGACGCACAUCGAUAUUCUCGGUUCUCCUGCAGCCAUUUUGAGCGGAGAGCGAUCAAGACCAAAAGACGGGCUGACCGUUGGAAGACAGCCCUUGUUCACAAUGUAUAGGCCAAAAGUAAGCCUGAAAGACAGGCAGCAACUUUACAAGCUGAUUAUUAGUCAAUUGUUAUAUGAUGGAUACAUCAACAUUGCUAAUGGUCUAAUAAAUGAGGUAAAGCCACAAUCUGUAUGUGCACCCUCUGAACAGCUGUUGCAUCUUAUUAAACUAGGAAUGGAGAAUGACGAUAGUGCCGUUCAGUAUGCUAUUGGCCGUUCUGAUACCGUAGCCCCUGGCACAGGUAUUGACUUGGAAUUUGAUGCAGAUGUACAGACGAUGUCUCCAGAGGCUUCUGAAUACGAGACAUGUUAUGUCACAUCUCACAAGGGACCAUGUCGCGUAGCUACAUAUAGUAGAGAUGGACAGCUAAUAGCUACUGGAUCAGCUGAUGCUUCAAUAAAAAUACUUGAUACAGAGAGAAUGUUGGCAAAGAGUGCUAUGCCCAUCGAGGUCAUGAUGAAUGAAACAGCCCAGCAGAACAUGGAGAACCACCCUGUUAUUAGGACUCUCUAUGAUCAUGUGGAUGAGGUGACAUGUUUAGCUUUCCAUCCAACAGAACAGAUUCUUGCCUCUGGCUCAAGGGAUUACACACUUAAAUUGUUUGACUACUCGAAACCAUCUGCAAAAAGAGCCUUCAAAUAUAUCCAGGAAGCAGAAAUGCUGCGUUCGAUCUCUUUCCAUCCUUCUGGAGACUUCAUACUUGUCGGUACCCAGCAUCCCACUCUGAGACUAUACGACGUCAAUACUUUCCAGUGUUUUGUAUCUUGCAAUCCUCAAGAUCAGCACACUGAUGCCAUAUGCUCAGUUAAUUACAAUGCAAGUGCAAACAUGUAUGUAACAGGCAGCAAAGAUGGAUGCAUCAAAUUGUGGGAUGGCGUUUCAAAUCGCUGUAUCACUACUUUUGAGAAAGCGCAUGAUGGGGCUGAAGUCUGUUCUGCCAUUUUCUCCAAGAACUCCAAAUAUAUUCUGUCAAGUGGAAAGGACUCUGUAGCUAAGUUAUGGGAGAUAUCCACAGGGAGAACACUGGUCAAGUAUACAGGAAUCUGGACGUUAGAAAGAAAGGCUUCAACCUCUCUUUCUUGGGGAGCUGGCUUGAGUGGACGCCAGGUUCAUAGGACACAAGCUGUCUUCAACCACACAGAAGACUAUGUGCUGCUUCCCGAUGAAAGGACCAUUAGCCUUUGCUGCUGGGAUUCACGAACUGCUGAACGAAGGAAUCUUCUUUCCUUAGGGCAUAACAGUAUAGUUCGCUGUAUUGUCCACUCUCCUACCAAUCCUGGUUUCAUGACCUGCAGUGAUGACUACAGAGCUCGAUUUUGGUACCGAAGGUCAACCACAGACUGAAGCUGCACUUGUGAAAUAAUUGCCUGGAUUUUAUUCCAUUUUUCUAUUUUCUACCAUAACUGAAUUUAAGUAGUUUUGGAUGGGAUUUUCUCCUCUAGAAAUAAAAACAAUCCAUAUUGGAAGGUAAGAUGGAAGGUCCUGGAAGGUAACAUAUUUUUUUAAAAAAAAUGUUGAAAACAACUGUGAUAGCUUAAAACCUUUCCCGCACCCCCAUUGUUUGUCUGUUCACAUUUAAUAGAACAGGCGGUUUGUGUUCAUUAACCAAACCUGGCCUUAUGUUUUAAGAGCCUUAACUUCUUCCUCGAUUCAUUCAAUGUACAGUUAACUGCUGUUUUGUAUAUAUUUUUUUCAUCUUGUAGUUAUCUAGCUCUGAGUUGGAAUUCUGUACCAUUCUUUUGUGUGUUUUAACUAUUAUUUAGAUCAGUUAAACUUCAAAUGCUCUUAUUAAAUCUCAUUCUUAAAAUG